AGGCUUAUUAAUAAUAAGAAACCACAAACAUCAUUCAAUUUCCUUAUAUUUUACACAUCAUGACCCUUGAAAAUGAUACUAUAAAUAUUGGUGAAAAAAUAUUGUCACAAAUCAAUUACUACUUUAGUGAUUAUAAUUUAAGUAGAGAUGUAUUUCUAUUGAAUAAAAUGAAAGAAAAUAAUGAAGGUUGGAUCAGCAUAGAUACCUUAAUUAAAUUUAAUAGACUAAAUCAAAUAUGUGAUCAACCAGACCUGAUUUUGAAGGAGUUAUCACAAAUUAUAAAACUCAAAAAUUCAGAUGUCGAUAAAGGAUUUUUAGUUGUCGACAUGGAAAAUAGGCAAAUUAAAAGAAAUAAUGAUGAAUAUCCUAUUCCAAAAGAUUUUAAAAAUUAUUUUAAAAAAUUGAUUAAUCAUUCUAUAUAUGCAAAGGGAUUUCCUAAAAACUCCACUCUUGAUGAAAUAAGCAAAUAUUUUGCAACAAAUUUUGGUCCUGUAUUAAAUGUUUAUUUACGUUAUUAUAUCAUUAAUGAUAAAAAAACAAAGAGCAUGCAAUCAAAAAAUGAUGGAAAUGUUAAUAAUUUACAAUCAGACAAUAAAACAAAAACUUUUAAAGGUUCAGUUUUUGCCACAUUUGAAAAUGAGUGUGAUGCUAACAAAUUCUUAGAAACUCCAACAUUAUAUAAAGGAAAAGAAUUAAUUAAAAUGUAUAAACAUUUAUAUGAAGCUCAAAAAAAGUUAGAAUAUGAAGAAAGGAAAAACUCUAAAAAAGAUAAGAACCCUAUGGCUAAUGGAACAGAAGAUGAUAAGAAAAUUGUAUCUGAUAGAGUACAACAAUUAAUUCAAAAGGGUAAUAUUUUACAUAUUGUUGGUUUUGAUGUUAGUGAUGACAAAACAACCAGACAUACACUUAAAGAAGUUUUUGACACUUAUUCAAAAGUAGCUUGGAUUGAAUUUGAACCUGGAGAUAAGCAAGCUUAUAUUCGUUUUACGGGAGAAGAGAAUGUUGCAAAAUUAGUAUUAGAUAAAUUAAAAGCAGAAAUAAUAACAAAUGAUGAACAAGUUUCUGAUAAUAUAAUCAAAAAUGAUGUAAUAUCAGAUAAUUGUGACAUCUCCAUAAAAAAUAAUACAGGUGAUAAUGAUAAGAAAAUACCAGAUAUUAAUGACAGUUUAACUAAAUGCAAUAUGGAUUGGAAAUUAAAUUUGGGUGAGAAUUAUCCUAAAUUACAAUGCAGAAUAUUGAAAAAUGAUGAGGAAUUUAAUUAUUGGGUAGGAAUUGUUGAUAAAAUAACAAAAAGCAGUAAUAAUAAUAACAAUUUUAACAAAAAAAAGGGCAAAAAGAAUAAACAAAAAGGAAAUUUUAAUAACAAAAAAAACUUUACAAGGAAACGAAAAGGUGAAGAAUCCAACACAAAUGUCUCCAAAAUUCAAAAAACAGAUUAAUUACAAAUAGAAUGUAAUCAUAUUAAUAAAUAUUUGUAUAAAAAAAUAAAAAGUUUUAUAUAUCUGACUAAAUUUUGUAUUUUAUGUA